CGUCGUCCUCGUCUUCUCCGUCUCGUACUGUCUUGUAACUGUCCCUGUUCGUCGUCCAGGUCUUCGAUCGUCUCAGAUCAGAGAAAGCCGCUGAACAUGGGUUUGCAGGAGGAAUUUGAGGAAUACGCCGAGAAAGCUAAGCAACUUCCAGAGAGCACAACGAACGAGAGCAAGCUCAUCCUCUAUGGGCUCUACAAGCAAGCCACUGUUGGACCAGUGAACACCAGUCGUCCGGGAGUGUUCAACAUGAAGGACAGGGCCAAGUGGGAUGCCUGGAAGGCCGUCGAAGGGAAGUCGAAGGAAGAAGCAAUGAGUGAUUACAUCACUAAGGUGAAGCAGCUCCAGGAAGAAGCUGCUUCUUCGGCAUGAUCAUUGUCGUGUUUCAUCACAAAAUGAAUAAUAAUAAUAAUAAUAACAACUGUUGUCUUGUCUUGUAAUGUCCUGAUGCUCUUUAUGUUGGUUAUGAUUAUGAUGCCUUUCUUAAUGAACGUGUGUUUUCUUUCA